AGAAGGAACCGCCAUGUUGCCCGUCGGCGUCGCGCUGAGGCUGAGCCGGGCGGUGAGCGAGGCGGCGGAGCGCAGCGGCGCGGAGGAGCGGCGGCUCCGGGAGGAGCUGAGGGAGCUUCAGCGGCUGCUGCCCCCCCGGAAGCCCCGUGCCGCUGAGAUCCUCGGGAAGGACGGAGUCACUGCCAGCGGGACAGAAGACUCGUCGGAGAUCUCUGAACAGGUCUGUGGAGGUGAGGAGCUGCAGGAGUUGGAGCUGUUGAAUAAAGCGCUGGCCAAAGCCCUGCGAAUCCGACAAACACAUAAAGUGCUUGAGACGGAGCUGAUCCAGCCAGGCGCCCCCGAGGGCAGCACCACAGUGACUGACGGAGGCCGCGGUACUGUCAGACAGUCAGCAGUGGCCAGGUGCCAUGAUCAACGUUCACCAGCCAUUCCACAUGGGUCAGCCAAUGCGAAGGCAGACAAGGUUGGUGCUCGCAUGGCAUCGUCAAGUUGUCCAGCAGGUGGACUCAGUGGGAAGAGGACCACGCCGCGUACCGUCUCCUCCAGGAAGCCAGCAGCUGGUACGUUGAAAGCUCCAUACAAAACCGAGCUGGUGGGAAGGAGAAGGUUGGUGUCAUCCACCGCAGGGCGUUUGGCUCGAGGCUCUUUGCGCAGCGGGUCGCGAGCGGAUGGAACUGCGGCCACACAGCAUCCUGAUCACGGCGUCCCCUGUCCCGCAGGGCAGGAAGCAGAACUCAAUGCAGCAGACCCCACUCGUUGA